AGUUGCUCAGACAUUAAUUUUAUCUGGGUUUAUUCGUUAGUUUCUAUCCCGUCUGGGAUUAUUGAGCUUACGCACAUACAUAACUAGGUUAAUAAACAGUUACUGGUAUCAGCAAAUGAAAGUGACGGGUUUCAGGAAGCUGACACAACACAGAAUACAUUUGGAAUAUUUUUUCUGCUUGCGGAGACCAUUUUUCCGCAUUACCAGUCCAGAAUUGGAGUAACUUAAUUGGCUAUGCAGACGUCAGCCUCAUGCGUAUUAGUUUUGUUGCCUGAUCAGAUACUAAUGCCUUUAAAUUUUAGGAAUUUGAAACUUUGCAGGUUCAAGCCGCUUAGAAAUAGUUUUGGUAUUCAGUCAACGCCUUAGAUCACAUUUUUAUUAAGGAUAGUUUGCCGCAUGAGGGGUUGAAUUAUUAGCUUAGGACUACGUUAAGGAGGUACUAAGUCAAGUUGCCACACUUCAUAUAGAAUCACAUGAAGUAGACCAAAAAAGUUCAAUAAAAUUACAAUAAACAGAAGUGUACUAAAAUAGCUGUAGGAAGAUAUAACGAGUCUGGAAGAUGAGACGACCGAGGGAGUUCUAUUGUAAACAACUUCAAGCCGUUUUUAACCACUGAUUCUUAGCAUCCUGAGGACUCCAGCCAGGCAGUGGAACCUCCUAAUGUAGAGUCACCCUUUUGAUGAAAAUAAAUGCAAUGUAACCUUAAAAGCCCUACAGAUACGUUGAUUAUCACUAGCAGUUUCACUACUGAGUGGAUAAGCUUUCUACCAUAUAGUCCAAGUUAUCGGGUUUGAUUAUGAAUAAGCCAAACAAUGCGUCUCACCUAAUCUGCUUAUAAGUAGUAGAGGUUUUGUACCUUCUUGAUGCUUAAAGCAUUAACAAGAACACUAAUUCUUCAGUGAUUCUAAUGGAUGAUACAUCUGAAAUCUGGUUUUCAUAUGACAAGUAGUCAGUAUUAUAGUUAUCUUCAUAUUUUGAAAAAAUGUAUCUAAUUUGCUAACACCGUACAUCUUGCUAUUAAUGAUAUGGUAGUAGCCUAGUUGAAUUUCGCCAGCUAAUGUUCUUGGUUUUUUAUCCCAUUUCGGUUUACUUUUUAAUAGAUAAUAAAGUGGUGCGAUAUUUCGAAAAUUAAUCAUACAUGUCUUCAGUAUUGAUUUCCGUUAACAUUGAAUUCAUAAGUACAUAAUUUUAAAGUAUUUUAAUGACAGUGUAUACACUAUAGAUUUCGCCUACACGAUUAUUUUUCAGCUUUCAGUCAGCAACCCCUGGGUUUGAGUCACACUCCACCUACUUAAACCUGAGAAAGCGGGUAGUAUCGGCAUCAGUUCCGUAUCCCGUACUAUGGUAUAACAUGAUUAAUAUUGCAGAUGAAAAUUGUUAAAUAAGAAGGGCCUCACCGAUUGAGGUAUCUUGAGUACGUGUCAUUCAUGUCGAACCAUCUUUCUUAUUGAGCAAUGUUAGUCGAUAAAGGGGUUAAACCGAAAAAGUUUUAGGAAUAGUCAAACCAACACAUCGCAUCAUUCCAUCAAGUCUUUGUUGUUGGUUUGAGUCAUGUAGGCUGCUUAGUUGGUGUCCUUGAGGGCGUUGGUAAUAUGGCUCAAAAUUGUUACCAGUUGCGCAGAUGCAUUCAUUCUUUGUAAACUCGUAGAUCUAUCAAAUUCUCAUUAAUGUUCAUGUACUUUUCUUUCUACCUGACAUUUUUCUUCCAUUAUAGUUCUUUUAAACUUUUUCUCUCUAGUUCUGUGUGCUAUAUAAUGUAGCAACUUGAACUGCUGGACUUCUAUGCAGUCCUACGUUAAAAAUGCUCUCUCAGUAGUAUCAUCAGCCUUCGCAUAAAACAAAAGUUGUCCUCGAUUGAAUCAAAAACUGUCCAAUGAACACCAACUUCCCACCUUCUCGUCUUCAAGUGUCAAGUUUAUCCUGUAAAAAUAAGUGUGGUUUUUAUGGAAAUCCUUCGUGGGAUGGAUAUUGUUCCGUCUGCUACCGUAACGCACAUCAGAAACAAACAACUCUCCGUCAAACAUCUACAGCUACAACAAAUUUGUCACAGAGCUCUGCUGAUACAGAAGUUAAGCGCAAACAAAGCACUGGAAAAAACUCGACCAUCAAAAAUAUUUUCAAGGUUCCUCGAGAUGAUAGUCGUGAUCCAAAUCCAGUAAAUCCAGAAGAAUGUUUACAAGCUGAACAAGAGUUUAAAGCCUUUCUGAACACUCUUCGAGCUUCUAUAAAUGCAGAUAUUUCCCGUCAUGUUUCAAAGCUUUUGGAACAGUUAGAACCUAUUCGUGGUUCGAACAUUAAUCAGGCUUCAAUGAUAGUGCAAGAUUUUUACCACAACAUUUCCAACCGUAUUUUAAAUAAUCCUAUGUACUCAAGUUUAUCAGUACAAACCAGGGAUUCUAUAAUGAAUUCAGUAGAGCGCUUUGUUACAACAUGGAUUUAUUUUUGGGCUUUUGCUUCCCCUACAACUGAUGAUGAAAAUGUAGACUUGAAAUUACAAGAAAAAAUUCGUUCAUUACACUGGGUAACUCCUUACCUACUUGAUUCUCCAAUAAAUCCAAAUUCUCCUGAAGAACUUACUCAUUUGGAUUUAGCUACAUUCGCUCUUAUCAAAGUGAAUACACUUCUAGCCUCUGAGGAUAAAUUGGAUCAAAUCGUCGAGUGCUGCCGCAGUGUCUUUGAUGCUUUAAAAGUUCACUAUCGAAAUUAUUCUAUUAAAACUCAAGAAUAUAUGUACAAUAAUGCCGCCAGCAAUGAUGUAAACACUGCUACUAAUAGUAAUAAUAGUAGCAGUAAUACACCGUUGGGUUCUGUCUUCAAGCCAGGUGCGAAUAAUUCAACUCUACCUAAAACUUCUACUAAUCCUAUCGAAGAAGAUAAUAAUACUACAGCAAAUGCUGAUGAUUUUCUACCCACAUUAAUAUGGGUUGUCUUGAACUCGAAUCCACCAUUGAUUUAUUCUAAUUUACAAUUUAUUAUGCGAUUUGCUAAUCAGAAUAGAUUGAAUAGUGGAGAAGCUGGUUACUUCUUUACAAAUCUGUCAUGUGCCGUACACUUUCUCAGAAAUCUAACACAUGAAUCACUCAGUUUAUCAGAAGAAGAUUUUGGCCGAUGUAUGCGAAAAGGUUUAGCACUAGUGAGACGUUCUGGUGAACCAUUAUCAGAAGGCGAGAAAAUGCUCACAGAAAAUGGGAUUCAUUUGGUGGAUUUAGAAGAUAGUCUUAACGAUUUAAACAAUAAAAUAGAAUCUGCUGAAUUAGAAAUGAAAAAAUUCCAUGAACACUUUCAAAAUGAAGUCAAUGAAAUACGAACAACUAUCCCGUUGAAGGUGAACACAGAUGAUUUGGAUCCACGUCAUUUAGAAAAUCCGCAUAUCCUUCUACUGGGACCACAGUGUAAACCUAGCCGACAGAAUCAAUCCUUACUAGAUACUGAUUUGGAUGAGACAACAAAUCGUCUUCUACCUGAUCCUAUACAACCUGCUCCGUAUAUGGAUGAUUAUUCUUCGAAAAAGGCUGUUUGAGAAAGGGUCUAUCAUCAUUGUGUGUGUGUGUAUGUAUGUAUAUGUAUAUAAAAAUGGAAGCAUUCGCAUUAAAAAGCAACAACUAAUGCUAUGCGGUAUUCUUGCUAUUCAGAGAAAUAAGGCGGCUUGUGAAUAAUAUUACUUUCUUUUUAGUAUUUGAUUUAUCUGUAAACGAUUCGUAUUUCUCUUCAUAAAUAUAUAUUAUACAUGCAGCAGCAUGUGCAUACUUAUAUAUGCACAUGAGUGAUAUGACAAGUAAAUAAAUUAUAUUGUAU